CUUACUCGCCAGCAAAAUAUCCCAUUUAUGCACACCACAGUCCUACCAACAUCCAUCGCAUCCGAUGACAAAAAUAAGUAGCAGACGUGAAGGAAGAAAAAUAAUAAAAUUUCAUGUUUGGUGUUUGUUCUCGCUCAGACGUCGCCAUUUAAAAUAUAAUCCCAGUCAAAAUAGUUGAAAAAUGUCAAAUAUUCCAUUAAAAACAACUUGAAAAACAAUGAAUAACUAACUAAAACAUCAGUGAUUAAGUGUUUUUUCCAAAAUAAUCCACCAAAAGCCCAUUAAUUUUAAUUAAAAUUAAAAUUCGCACUGCAGUGAAAACGUAAAAAUAAAAACCAAAACCCUCAAAAAAAGAAAAUUACUUUUCAACUUGAGUUCUCUAUUUUUCCCUCACCAUAUACACACAUACACCACCUAGCCAAACCGCUAAUGUCAAAAAGAGAUAGUGCUUAACUGACUCGAAUGGAUUGCGCAAGAGUGAAAGAGUGCAAUAUAUAGAAAACUGAAAAAUUUCUCAUUGGGAUUUUUCUUUAUCCCUUCGUAUUCGUACAAUAAAAUAAAUAGGAAAUUUAUUGGUUAACUUUUUCUUACUUCGAAAUUGCUUUUGUCAAAAAGAAUAAAUACAUUUAUAUAUUUUUUCAUCUCGAUCUCGAGUAAAGGGAAACCCUUGGUUUGUUUGGGGUUUUCAAAAACACAACAAAAUAUGCAACUUAGUGUCCCACCAAAUUGGGACAAUUUGCAGAAGACGAACGGAAGGAAAUGUUUUGAGUGUUGAUUUUGUGUGUGAAAUAAUGAACAAUUGUGCUGGAAGAAAUUAUUAUUAUAAUUAUCGUGGCGAACAAAGUCAUUAUCAUCAGCAGAAGCAGAAGCAGCAGCAGCAACCCAUCUCAAACAUCAGCAACCCCACCACCAGCACCACCGCCAGCAGCACUAGUGGCAGCAGCAGCACUAGCACCAUUUUCACAAUUGUGUUGCUGUCGCUUUUUGGUUUUUGGAUUUUUCUUUGGACCUUGAUGCUGGCGCUGCGAAGUGUUUGUAGGAAAAUUUUAAAAAAGAAUUCACCAGUUCGAGUUCCAUAGAAUUCUUAUGAAAAACAACACAAAACCAAUUCCAGAAAUACAUAACAAUUUCCACAAAACGAUAUGAGCAAUAUUUAAUUGAAAACAAAUAUUUUUAUUCAAUUAAAAAACAAAAGAAGAAAACAAGAAACAAUUUUUAACAAAGCAAAUAAAAGAAAUCAGUGUUAUGUAUAAAAAUCCUCCCUAAAACCAUAAUGAGCGAUCGCGACAUACCGAGUGUACCGGUAACAACUUUAGCCGGCCUAACAAGUCUAUCGGACUUAUUAAGUGAGCUUCCUGUAUCGGACUCUUUGUCGAGUGUGACAUCUUUAAAUAAAUCACUACUAUUCCAUACAUUAGUUGCUGAUGAAUCAAAUAAUCUUUUAUCGGUUCGUGAUGAUAAUUUAGUAAGACAAUUAGUACACGCAAUUGAACAAACAAAUUCCGAUAAUAUUGAGGUUAAAAGUCAAUAUGCCAUAAAUCAACAUGGAACAAACAUAAGUACUUAUCCGGAAUUACUUCAAGGAAUCUAUACAUUUAGGCCAACUGUCUUUAAUACGCCACAAAAUCAUCGAAUACAAAACCAUCAAUCACCCCAACAGCAGCCACAACAUCUCCUACAACAGCAGCAAGGACAACAAUAUGCUCCUCAGACAUCAGCAUCAGCAUCAAUAGCACACAGUUCAUCGCAGCUUCAACAACAACAACGAAUGGGUGUGAAUGUUAUACAAAAUCUACCAGAUCAAGGCAAUAUUUUGGCACAACAACAACAACCAAUAAAACCGCCCGUUAUAAACAACAUAACUGUGCAGCAAUUUAUGGCAGUACCUUCACCUGAUGGAAAACUUCAGCAACAACCACAAAUCCUUCAACAAGUUAUCAUAAAUCCAACACAAACAGCCACUCAACAACAGUCACCAGUGCAAAACAAUUUUGUUGCAAAUGCCACAGCUUUUCAACAACAGUCUCCGCAAACAACUGUUGAAACUCCGGUAAGACGCACACGACGCAGUGCGGCGGCUGCUGUUAUAGAACAACAGCAAAGUACUUCGCCACAACAGGUGUUGUCACCGAAACAACAAACUUCUACAAGUCCCCAACAAAAUAUUGUUGCUUACCAGAAAAAACAAGCAGCUGUUCAAUUACAGCAACAGCAGCAACAACAACAGCAGCUUCAGCAGCAACAGCAGCUUCAGCAGCAACAACAACUACAACAGCAACAGCAGCAACAGCAACCUGUUUCACAACAAACGUCGGUAAUUCAACCUCAUACCCCAGUUAUUCAGCAACAGCAGCAACAACAACACCAGCCUGUGAUCCAACAAAACCAUCAACAAAAAACUGUUAUACUGCCAACACCUCCACAACCAACAGUUAUAAUUCAACAGCAUCCAGCUACAGCAACACCUCCUGCUAUUCAGCAAAUUUCACAUCAACAAAAUCAACACACAACAUCUCCCCAAUCACAUGUAACACAACACCAACAAUCAUUAACUCCUAAACAGCAAAUAAAUACACAACAACAGCAGCAAGUUCCAAUUCCACAACAAGUUCAGCAAGCAAUGCAAACAAAACAACAUCCCCAAACCCAAAAACCCCAAAUUCCACAACAACCGCAUAAACAACAACAAAAACCGAGUCCUCAAAAUCAAUCACAACCCUUGAUGCCGCAACAACAGCCCCAAGUGGCUCAACAGCAACAACAACAGCAGGCGCAAUUGCCUCACCAACAAAUGCAAGCUCAACAACAAAAACAACAACAGCUACUGCAUUUACAAAAACAACAGCAAAUUAAACAACAACAGUCUCCACAAUCACCAGCUUCACAGCAACAAGUUCUGUCCCAACAACAACCACAGCAACCAACCCAACCGGUGCCACAUGUUAUUCAAGGACAAUUUCAAAACGUUCUAAAUCUCCAACGGCAGCAUUUUGCUCUGCAAAAACAACAAUCAACUCAGCCUCAAAAGACAACUCCACGUAAUAGUGAGUACCUACAGCAACAAAGUAAGAACUUUGAAUUGCGCGGUCCUUCGCCAGCACAGGCAAGUACAGCGCCUGAUUCUAAUCUAAUUGGCCAACAACAACAACAAAAAGAAACAACAACAAGUAUAUCGAAUAACAACAAUGGCUCAAUGAAAACCAACGCCACUGCAGUCUCCAAUACGAUGUCAUCAACUACAACAAAUCCCGGAAUGAAUCCUAUUAAUGCAACUAUAACAUCCGAGACAGGAGUUGCUAUAUCAACUAACACCAAUACCAACACCAUGCCAGCAAGAUCGAAUUCAGUCAACUCGAGCGCUUCAAAUGCAUCCAGAUCGACGACAAACAGUAAAAGCCGCCUUCGGGUAUGUAUUAAUCGCCUUAAAGCCGAGGACGAGCGCUUGAUGCAGGAGAGUAUUAAAGAAUUUGUUAAAAAGUCACCAGAAUUGGCCAUUAAAAUCGGAUUGGCAGAUGAUAAAAAACCUCCUCCGGAUCAUGCAGCUUCAUCCACUCUCUCUGCCCCGCCACCUGCAAAUUCUAUAAAAGAAGAAAAACCAUCUACGAAAGAAAUGGCAACAGUACAACCAAAUGCCAAUAGCAGUGGUAGCACCAGUCUCGGUGGUGGUGCCGGCGGUGCCAUCGCCGUUGGCGGCGGCGGAGCAGUAGGCGAUACAUUUUCAAUGAUGAAAGCUGCUGAUGAUAAGAGAAUUGCAACUAAAAGAAAGUUAGCAAUAAAACCCCAUGAUGAAAUACCACCGGAACAAAUCUUCUCCCAGCCUAAAGUUCGACGUGUUGAACGUAAUGUCGCACCAUCAACACCUAAAUGUUCGAAAGAAGAAGUUAUGCGUUCACAAACUUAUCAACAAUUUAUGAAAAAUAUGGAACAAAUAAUUGAAUUAUUAGAUGAUACUGAACAACCUAAUUUUGAUUCUGAUGAAGUUGAUCAAAACAUCGAAUGUAUAACAUCGAAAAUGCUUAAUGUUAUGAGCAAUGAUGUUGCAAAAUUAAAGGCAAAAAUGGUACUCGAUUCAAUUCCGAAAAAUAAACUAACACUUUUGAUCAAUUAUGCCAUGAGAAAUGUGUAUUUGGCUAAAAAUUAUUCCGCUGGACCGGACGAUGAGGAUGACAUCAUUGAUGAUGAGAUCAUGGAAAGGAUACUAAAUGCCAUUGAGGCAUGCCUAUUGGUUUGCAAUAUCUAUUCGACAGCAAAAGAUCUUAAAUUCCUCCAAGAAGAUAACAUUUCUUUGAUUAUAAAAUUUAUACAAUUUCAAUUUCGUGAAACUAUCUUUCCAUCAUACGAUCCAGUGUACACUGUAAAGAGUAUGAAAAAAAUGGACAAUAGAAAGAAAACCAAAGCACAAUUGAAUCACAAUCGCAGCCUACAAUUGCUCUAUUCGAAAUCUGUGGAAUUAAUGAAGGUGUUCGUGACACUCUUUGAUAAAUGCAUUUUUGUAGACACAAUUGUACUGCCAUUAUCAACGCUUGCAAUUGAACCAUUCUUUGUUGAUAAUAUCGAUACUUUGCAAUUUGUGUGCUUGGAAUUGGUUACAACAAUAUUUCGUAAAGAGAAGUACGAUAAAAUGCGAAGCAGCAUUUUAGGUGAUAUUCUUGCAUCCAUUGAUCGUCUUCCAUCGUCAAAGAAGAAUCUCCGACCCUUUAAGCUGAGCAACAAUGGUGGAAACAUUCAAAUGGUCACUGCACUUGUCCUUCAACUUAUUCAGUGUGCAACAAUUCUCCCAGAUUCAAUCUAUGAACCUCUUAAGAAUUCUAAAAAAUCCAGAUCACUCAUUGAAGACAAUGAUGAGAGUGUAAAACCAGAAAAGGACAACAAAGAUGUGUUGGUGUUGAAAAAGUACGAUGUUGCUGUGAGCAUUGGGGGUAAUUUCCUAACGACCUUUCUUAAUAAGUGCAAAACGCGUUCGAAUGAGACCGAUUUCCGUCCGCUAUUCGAAAAUUUCAUUCAUGAUCUGUUGGCAACGGUUAAUAAACCCGAGUGGCCAGCAUCGGAACUACUUCUCAGUUUGCUGGGCACACUGCUGGUUAAGUAUGUCUCGGAUAAGACAAUCGAACAGAGUAUUCGAUUGGUGUCGUUGGAUUAUUUGGGAAUUGUUGCAGCAAGAUUAAGGAAGGAUACCGUCGAGUCUAGAUGUAAGGUGAAUAUCAUUGAUUCAAUGAUAAAGUGCAUUAAGGCAGAGCAAGAGAAAGAGGGUGAUCUACCAAUUGUCAAUAGCAAAAUUCAACUCGACCCCGAGGAAGAGCGAACGGAGUUCCUGCAGAAAAUUCUUCUGGAUUUUUUAGCAGUGAACGCUCAAGAAGAGGAUCUGGUUUGGGAUUAUGCAAGACACUUCUAUUUGGCACAGUGGUAUCGGGAUAUUAUAUAUCAGCGAAGGCGAAUAGCUGAUGGAGAGAAGGGAUAUGCGUCGAGGAAAAAGAAAACAGCAAAGAAAAAGAGACGAAAAGGUGAAUCAUCAGACUCAUCAUCAGACAGUGAUAGUAGCAAUGCAGAUGAUGACUCAGAAAAUGGUGCUAAUGGUUCAACAGGUGGUGGUAAUAAUAAAUCUCGAACUAAUAACGACACAAAAAACCUCACCACCGAUCAAGAAUUAAAUUUGGAAAUAUUCAAUGUACUUGAAGAUCGAAAGAAAUAUCUUCUAAGCAAAAUCAAACCUUAUACGGAUAUGAAUUGCACAUCACAACAUAUAAAGACUUAUAUAGACUAUAAUAAUGCGCAUUUAAUUGCACAGUAUUUGGCUAGUAAGCGGCCAUUUAGUCAAUCUUUUGAUAAGUACUUGCAGAAAAUCAUAUUAGUUGUAAAUGAACCAUCCAUAGCAGUAAGAACUCGUGCAAUGAAAUGCUUAGCCAAUAUCGUUGAAGUCGAUCCAAUGGUACUAAAACGCAAAGACAUGCAAAUGGGAGUAAAUCAAAAAUUCUUAGAUGCUGCCAUUUCGGUACGUGAAGCCGCUGUCGACUUAGUUGGCAAGUUUGUUUUGAGCAAUGAAGAGUUAAUUGAUCAGUAUUAUGAUAUGUUAUCAACAAGAAUAUUGGACACUGGUGUAUCAGUGCGUAAGCGUGUGAUAAAAAUUCUUCGAGAUAUUUGCAUUGAAUAUCCAGAUUUUGAGAAAAUUCCGGAAAUCUGUGUUAAGAUGAUUCGAAGAGUUAACGAUGAGGAAGGUAUACAAAAACUUGUUACAGAAGUUUUUAUGAAAAUGUGGUUUAUGCCAUGCAAAGAUAACGAUAAGCAUGGAAUUCAACGAAAAAUUAACCAAAUCAUCGAUGUAGUAAACACCGCACAUGACACUGGCACCACAUGGCUUGAGGGACUUCUUGUCAGCAUUUUUGCACCCAAAGAGAACAUGCUAAAGCCCGAUGGCAGCGCUCAAGAAGCAGUCAAAAAGAAUACCGAGCCCGCACCGGAAAUAGUGUUGGCUUGCCAACAACUUGCCGAUGGUUUAGUGGAACGUCUAAUCGAAUUAGAAGACACUGAUAAUGCUCGUAUGCUGGGUUGUAUAACAACAUUACAUUUGUUGGCAAAGGUUCGCCCGCAGCUUUUGGUUCGACAUGCCAUCACAAUUGAACCAUACUUAAAUAUUAAGUGCCAUUCAGCGAUAGCGCCAAAAUUUAUAUGCUCUGUUGCAGAUAUUCUUGAGCAGGUUGUUCCUCUUAUUGUGAAUCCCAGUGAAUCGUUUUUGGCUUCCUUAGAAGAGCAUUUAAUGCUGUUAGUUGUAUCGCUCAAUCAGGCUGUUGUUACAAGCUGUGUAUCUUGCCUGGGAGCACUUGUAAAUAAAAUCACAAAGAACUACAAGCUAAUCAGAGAUUGCUUUCAGAAAUUUUAUAGGAUAAUCGAAAACAGUCGCGAUCAAGUAGCUAAGAACAACUAUUCAAUAGAUAGUAUCUAUACGCCAAUCUUCCGCAGAAGUCUGUUUACAAUUGGUAUCUUAAUGCGAUACUUUGACUUUAAAUCGCCAAAAGUUUUGGGAGAAGGUAGUGGUUUCUCACCUCAAAUCUGUGAUGAAGUAUUCGAAUGUUUAAUGUUUUUCACUCAAUGCGCCAACAAUGAUAUUCGAAAACAAGCUCUCAUAGCACUGGGUUCAUUUUGUGUAAUGAAUGAUGAUUAUUUAACCCGUAAUGAGUUGAAAAAAUUUUACUGUGAUUUAUUGCGAAGCGAAAUUGUCGAUGCGUGUAUAAAAAUUAUUUGUAUGCGAAAUAUUUGGAUUUAUUUAACAGAAUCUGAGAUUUAUAUGCAUAAUAAAGAAAAAGACUGGGAAAAACAACAACAAACAGAAGAUUUGAAAGAAAUGAAUGAUGUCUCAUCGGGUAUGGCAAGCAGAAUCAUUCAAUUGUAUCUGCAAGACAUCCUGGAUUGUUUCUUAAAUCGAGAUGAUUCAGUGCGAUUGUGGGCAGUGAAGGUUGUGCAAAUAGUAUUGCGACAAGGUUUAGUGCAUCCUGUCCGGAUGGUACCAUAUCUUAUAACUCUAAGUACAGAUGCCAAACAGGAGGCGGCACAUCGAGCAGAUGCUCUGCUGAAGGAAAUCGACAAAACCUACUCUGGUUUUGUUAAUAUGAAAGUGCAAUUUGGCUUGCAGCUAUGUUUCAAACUUCAAGAGCUGUUACAAGGUGAUCGAGGUAGAAAUGUUGUGAUACGAGGUUUCUGUAAAAAAGAGCACGAUGUAGUUCCAACAGCACUCAAUGAUUUCCUCUAUACCCUGCUGCGCACAACGAAACCUCAACGACGUGCUCUAGUCCAAACAGUAACCAAGCAAUUCGAUGAUCAAAAGACAACACUACGUCAAAUGCUCUACAUUGCCGAUAAUUUGGCUUACUUCCCUUAUGUAGUUCAAGAUGAACCACUCUAUCUAAUUCAUCAAAUUGAUCUUAUGAUAUCAAUGGCUGGUACAAAUCUCUUGGCAACAUUCAAGGAAUGCCUCAAACCAGCCGAAAAUGAUGAUAUUCUCGUCGAUGAUGACGAUGAGGAAGAUCCGGAUGUAUUGUUUAAACGGCUACCCGAUGAUAUAAGCGAAAUUCAAAAAUGCAUUACAUCAGCACAGGCGUGUAUGUUACUCUUAAUACUGAAACAGCAUUUGAAAGAUAUGUAUGGUUUGACGGAUGGGAAGAUUUCAAGGUACUCGCCAUCGGAAACACAGAAAAUCUAUGAAAAAGCCUGCACGAGGAAGGUAGUGCCCGAUUUUAAUCCCAAGUCGACAAUAGAAGAGAUUAAGAAAUCGGUAGUAAAGACAAGUAAUGUGGAAAUUAAUCCGGACGAUAAGAGGGACUUAGUUGUAAAAUAUUUAGAUUUUAAACAACUUAUGCUUAAGUUAGAUCCAGAUGAUGCUGAUUCACUUGAUGAGGAGCGUGAUAAAUCAAGACUAAAUAAUACAGCAGCAUCGGUCGAGACACCAUCGACGCCAGCAUUAAAUUCAACAGGUGCUAAUCAAAGUAGUGUAGAUGAUAUAGCUGGCGAGAGUAGUAGUGGAGCGAGAACGGGUAGUGCGACAACACCACAUGUAAAUAGUGUGAAUCAUUCGACGGUUUCAACACCAGCCCAACAUAAGGAUAUCCCAGCAACACCAACAACCCGAAGUUCGAGAACGACAAAAUCAACUUCACGUAAACAACCAACACGCAGCAAACGGAAAAAACGAAAGAUUGUUUCAUCAGAUGACGAUGAAGAUGACUAUAGUGAUGCCGAUUACGCGUAAUAAAUUAUUAUAUCAUUCGAACGGAAUAUAAUCAUCAACCCCAUAAACCACACACACAUCCAAGCACUCAACAAAUAUAUAUAAAAAAAAUUAAAUGUAAAAAAAAAACAUUCUAAAUAUUUCUAAAAUAAAAAUUAAAAAAACAUUUUUGUUUGAGUAAACAUAGAAAAAAAAACAAACAAGUCAAGUGAAUUUAGUUUUCUGUAUGUUUUUAUAUAAAUACAAAUAUAUGUUAAUUUAAGACAAAAUAUACAUAUAAAAUAAAAAUUAUAUACUACAGAUAAGUGAGUGAGUGUGCAUAAGUUAUUUAAACAAAAACAAAAAACAAACUCUACUAUUACAAUAUAAUAUUAUGUUAAAAAAAUAUUUUCAUUUUGUAUAAAAUAAAAAUAAAAAAGAAGACUUUUUACUUAACAAAUAGAAAGAAAUUAUGUUUAGAGCAAUUUUAUUGAAUCAAACACUUUUAAGUUUAUUAUUUUUAAGCGAAGAACAAAACAAAACACACACAAAAUACACAAACAAAAACCCACACGCAAAACAAAGAUGUAAAUUAUAUAUAUUUAACAAAAUAAGAAAAAAUUAAAACAAAAAAAUGGUGUUUAUAUCUAAAGUUGUAUAUUUAUAGCCCACACAAAUUAAUUAAAACAAAUUAAAAUGAAAAAAUACUGUUACCAUAUAACAUAAAUAUAUAUAUAUUAAAACAAAUUAAACGGAAAAUGCUUAUCAUUAAGAAGAGAAAGAGGAAAUUAUCGGUGUUUUUUAUACAAAAAAAAUAUUAAAUUAGGAACACAUAGUUGUACAUUAAGAUAAAAAUAUAAACAAAAACAAAAUUAUAAACUUUCGAGUACUAAUAUUCUAGAUUCAUAAGCUGUAAAUUAAAACAAAGAAACAAACAAGAAAUAAGAAAAAAAUACAAAAUCGCUAAGCUUCUUUUUUCUUCUCCGCCCUUAUCGAAACAAAAUAAAAUAAAUUUAUGUUCAUUAAAUCACAUAAUACUAUAAUUAUAGAAUUUUCUUUUUCGUUUAAUAUUUUUAAUUUGUUCUAAAUAUUAUAUUUUUAUAUGUAUGUAUUUAAAAAAAUAUAAAAUGAAAAUAGUGUAUAAGUUAAACAAAAUGAAAACAAGUGUUAUUAAGUUGAAUCAAUAGUCUUUUUUGUUUUAUUUUUUGCUUAAUAAUUUAUAAUUAAAGUUAUAAAAAAUAUAUCCAUUCAAAUAUACCUAUAUAUAAUAUGUA